CUUUUGAUUUCUUUUCAGAUGGUGCAUCAGUUAGGGGGUGCUGGAGGCCAACAGUUAGUGGGUGAAGUUGUAGGUGCUGUUUUACAUUUCCCUGAUAACAAGACUGUACAAGCUGGAGCUGCUUCAUUGAGUCACUUGUUGUGUGCUCUUCUUAAUCACACAACAGUGAAAUGUCCAAAGUCAGAGGAGGAUACGUAUGGCCCGGACAUCCUUGUCUGCAGAGUAUGCAAGAAUGCAAAUUCAACUAACAUCCUAGACCCACAGCGUGUUGAUCCAACACUAGUGUCUCGUUUCCUAGGAUUGCUAACACACUCUGACACAAAAGUCUUAGUAUCGAUUAUUGACGCUCUCCCAGCUGUUAUCACCCAUACAAAGUUGAACCCACAUAUGAUCAACCAGUAUCUCUCACUGUUAGAUCACCAGGAUAAGCAGGUUGUCUCUGCCAUGUGUAGACAACUCUCAGAACUUGUUUGUCAAGGUGUACAAAAUGAUUCAAGCCAGGAUUUGAAGUCUGCUGUGGUGUCCAAAGAAGGAGAACUGGUUCUUUCUUAUUUGAAUGAGCUCUUCAGGACAGCUGAAAGGAAGAAAUCAUCAAGCAAAACUUAUCUUGCUGUACUAGAAGCACUGCAUUAUCUUGUCAGGUGUCCUCUAGGUGGAUUGACAGGUGGGGUGCUUGUGCUACUCUUACGUUGUUUAGCAAUAAGUGAUCGGCUUGUCACAGCACAGGCUCAUCUCAUCAUCCACUCCUUGGCCAAUACUCUUGGACUGCCAUUGAAGGACCUCUAUAUCAGACACCGCCAGUCUCUUGCUCAGGUAUUGUCAGAAAUAGUCAAACAAGGAGAAGUGGGAGCAAUGCUGAGCCAUGUUGCAGAGGUUUUCGAAUGGAAUAUAUCCUCUACAGGAAGUAGCAGAAAUCAAGGCAAAAGCAGUGUAGGACAGUUCAUAAUCAGUCAGAUACGGCAUUUACUACCAGCAUUAGCUGUGCGUGCAACACAGGAGGCCAAGCCAGGGCUACUGCAAGAAUUAGCAGGCUGCCUCUCUCUUCGUUUACGAGACAUUCUCAUAGAUCAUUUCCAGCAUAUUUUGGCAUACUUAGUAUUCCAUUAUCCUCAAGAAGAGCAGGAGGCUGUAUUAGACUUCAUAGCUUCCACUACAGAUAUCCACAUUCAGAAUAUUAGAAGAUGCUCUGUGCAGAACCAGGUCAAUGAACUGAUCCUUGGUUUGCACGACCAUCGGGAUGCUGUCUUGCGAGAAUUUUCCCGUAUGCGAGCUAUUGAGCAGAGCAGUGAUCAUAACACCUCAAGUAGACUUACAAGAAAGACCACCAUGGAAAACAAGUUCUCUCAUGAUCCUGCAACUUCAAGAGAUAUUGCUGAGUAUUUGGCACCUCGACUCUUAGGAAUUUUAGGAUUCCUAGACAGCAAGCUGGUGUCAUCUUCCACUAUGUACAAGGAAAAGCGGUGUGCUUUGUGGUCACUAAGUGAUCUUCUCGUAGUUAUGGGAAGACAGUAUAUAUCUCCAGUGUCGAGGAAGAUCUUAGCAUCCUUGAAGACAGCACUCAAACUCAGGGAUGAUGAGUUCUUUGAUAUUGGGUGCAGUGCUUGGACAAACUUCCUGUACAACCUUGAUGAGAGCACCUUGGAGGGUUUAUUGGAGGAAGUGGCUGUUGUGGUGAAGCCACUGGUCAAGGAGCGACCUCAGCAGAUGGCACCAGUUUUAACAAGUGUCUUGGUUGAAAUGCCAUCUAUUAGGCCCCUUCUAGGAAAUUUGCCUCUCCUUCCUGAAGACCCUGCCCUUACACAGGUCAAUCAAGCCAUCUUAGAAAGACAAACUAGAGUGAUGGGAGGCAGUAGAGAAGAGGUAGUAGGUGCCUUGUCACCUGUAUUGCGUGGUCUUAGUCAUGAGAGCCUGGAUGUGCGUCUUCAUGCUUUGAGUCGUCUGCGUCACAUUCUUCGCCAUAAUCAGGAGGCUGUCCACCAUCUCACUACUGAUGCAGACACUGUGCAUCCAACCGUUUCAGAACUUUUCAGCAUUCUUUUAGGUCAGUGCCGUGAAGUGGAAGAAGAGGUGCAAGUGGCUGUGGCAGAUUGCCUUGGUCUCUUGGGUGCCAUUGACCCAAUGCGACUCUAUACACAUUCCAAUAUUAAAGAGGAACUGAGCAAAAUACAUCUGAACAUUGAAGAAGAACUUUUCAUAGUGGAAUUGGUAACAGAAUUAGGAAGAGCCUUCUUAGCUGCUACAGAUGCCAAUAUGUGCCAUAUCCAGACUAU